GAUUGAUGGUUUUGGGGAAGCUCGAUAAACUUGUCAAGGAAUUCGUGUUCCGCAUCAGCAAGAUGAAAGGGUUUUCUGACGUGGCGGCAAGAGAAGCCGGCGGCAAAAUCUUUACGUUUGGCAGCUACCGUUUGGGUGUGCACAGUGCAGGUGCUGAUAUCGAUACCUUGUGUGUAUUUCCUAGACAUGUUGGCAGAGAGCAUUUUUUUACUUUGAUGUUUGACAUGUUGAAGGAAAGACCUGAAGUAUCCGAACUUACGGCAGUAGUCGAUGCCUAUGUGCCUGUCAUCAAAAUGCACUUUUCCGGCAUUCCUAUCGACUUUGUAUGUGCACGUUUGGAUGUCGAGUCGGUUCGGGAUGAUCUUCAACUGGCAGAUAACAAUCUGUUACGGAAUUUGGAUGAACGUUGCAUUCGUAGUCUGAAUGGAUCGCGUGUCACGGACGAAAUUCUUCGACUGGUUCCUAAUAUACCUGCAUUUCGGUUGGCCUUGCGUACCAUCAAAUUGUGGGCCAAACAACGCGCGAUUUAUUCAAACAUCAUGGGAUUCUUGGGCGGUGUCGCGUGGGCAAUGCUUGUCGCCCAUAUCUGUCAGCUUUUUCCCAAUGCAUGUGCGGCCGCCAUCGUUACACGUUUUUUCCGUAUCAUGUACCAGUGGAAAUGGCCCCAACCGGUACUCUUGAAACCGAUGGAAGACGGACCACUCCAGGUCCGAAUAUGGAAUCCAAAGUUGUAUCCUGCUGAUAAGAGUCACCGUAUGCCCAUCAUUACGCCCGCGUAUCCUUCCAUGUGUGCGACCCACAAUGUGACUGAUUCGACCAGAAUUAUCAUGAUUCAGGAAUUCAAGCGAGCCGCCGAGAUUGCUGAAAGGACCAUGGUGGGGAACGGGAGUUGGGAAGAGUUGUUUGAAGAGAGCAAUUUCUUUCAGGCGUACAAACACUAUCUGCAAGUGAUUGCUAGUUCGGAUUCAGCCGAGACGCAGCUCGAGUGGCACGGGUUGGUGGAAUCGCGGCUGCGGCAACUGGUGCUAAAGUUGGAACUUGUGGAUAUGCUUGUAUUAGCGCAUCCAUACAUCAAAGGCAUCGAUCGAGUGCAUUACUGUUUAUCCGAUAAGGAAAGAUGGGAUGCCGCCCAUGGUAAUUAUUUGCCUGAGCGUACAUUUUCUCUGGGUGAAGGCGGCACGGAUGUGAAUCAUAUUGAUCAAAUCAAGGAGAACAUGAAUUUAUCCGAAGAUCAAGAACGCUGUCUUCGACCUGUCUAUACCACCAGUUUUUUCAUUGGACUUCACGUCGAACCGAAACCAGAUGGAUCUUCAGGUCCGCGACAGCUGAAUCUUGUGUGGCCUAUGCAAGAGUUUCUUAAAUCGGUCAAGUCAUGGGAUAAAUUCGACGAGGCGUUCAUGAGUAUCAUUGUGAAAAAUUUGAAAGGGUAUAUUACACACGCGUGGUCCCGCCUCGUUUUGGUUGAAAAUGGGAUUUUGAUCUGAUUGAUAAUGAUUUUUUUUUUUUUUUUGUGGAUGCAUGACCUUUUUU